AGCUGAUUAGACGACAUGAAUUCCACGCGCACGCGCCUUUUGAGAUAUUGCAUCCUCUAAGCAUCAAGUCUGACCCGUCCUCGCUCGCUGAUAUGAGAAUUCACGCCUGGCUUAUGGGAACACUCACCUGGCCGACAAUUUAAUUACCUCAGCUGGGGACGUCACUUGGUACCACGCCCACAGCGCAAUGAGGUUCCCGCGACAAUCCAUGUCAAGAGCUCCUUUUCAGGCUGUUCGCGCUUGCCCGUCCGUUCAUCGUCGCCCGACGAGGCUGCAUCAAUGGGCUGCCAAAAGGGCGACAGCUUCGCGUCAGCACGCCGGUCCUCAACAGCACCAGCAACUCCGACAUGGCUUCUUCUCUUCCGACACCAAGCAACAUGUCUACCGGGAGCUCCAGCCAGCGGCCAAACACCCGAAGCAGGCCACACCUGGCGACUCCACCGCUGAGACCGAGGAGGGCCAAGCGACGCAUGUCAAGCAGGAGGACCACACGGCUCAGAGUGAGGACAAUGGGGCAUGGCAGAAAUUCACCACGACAUUCCAGAAUUUCAGCGUCAUAACCGACCAGGAAUGGCGUGCAGUCUCCGACAAGCUCAUCGACCUGCUGCUGCCCGAGUGGUCCAAGUUCAUCCCGGGGUAUAUCAGGAAGCUGCAAGGGGAACUGUCCAUGGCCCCUGGAUCUUUGGCUGAUGAGAUCUGGAGGGAGGCUCACGACCCCGGAAUCAACCCUGAGAUUCGUUAUUCAGCAAAGGUUCGUGUGUCAAACGACCUCUGCGACGAGGAGAAGGAGUACCUGGCUCGGAGGAAGAAGAUCGUUACGGUGGCGUUGGCCAAGUAUCUGGGCCUUGAUGAGAACGAAAUUCAUGAGGAUGACGUGCCUACCAUUGCGGUCUGUGGUUCCGGUGGCGGCCUGAGAGCCUUGGUUGCAGGCAUCGGAAGCAUGAUCGCAACAGGAGAGGACGGCCUCUUUGAUUGCGUUACCUACACCUCCGGCGUGAGUGGCUCGUGCUGGCUCCAGGCACUGUUCCACUCGACCUUCGCCCAGGGCAGUCUGCCCCUCGUCUUGGAGCACCUCAAGGCAAGACUCGGGGUGCACAUAGCUUAUCCGCCGGUAGCUUUCUCAUCACUAGCAUCGGCACCUACAAACAGAUACCUGCUGAGCGGUCUCGUGGAGAAGCUUAGGGGGGAUCCCAAUGCAGACUUUGGCCUGGUCGACAUUUACGGCAUCCUCCUGGCAGCGAGGCUGCUGGUCCCCAGGGGCGAGCUUGGCGUGGACGCAAGAGAUUUCAAGCUGUCGAACCAGAGGCAAAAUAUCAAAUUUGGGCAGAACCCGUUCCCAAUCUACACGGCAGUCCGCCACGAGAUCCCGAAUGCCUCCGCUGCGGCUGACGGGACUGGUCAUCCAACUGAAAAGGAGAAGGAAGAGGCUGCUAAGGAGGCCUGGUUCCAAUGGUUUGAGAUCACGCCCUACGAGGCAUUCUGUGAGGAAUUCGCCGCUGGUAUCCCAACGUGGGCUUUGGGACGCAAGUUCGCGAACGGCCGAGAUGUCCCUCCAGAGGAAGGUUUCCAUCUUCCCGAAGCUCGCAUGCCACUUCUGCUGGGCAUCUUUGGCAGCGCCUUUUGCGCGACCCUCAGCCACUACUACCGCGAGGUCCGUCCUCUGGUGCGAAGCCUGACGGGUUUCUCCACGAUUGACGAAAUGGUCACGGGACAUAAUGAUGAUUUGAGCAAGGUUCACCCGAUCGACCCUGCCAUGCUGCCAAAUUUUACGUACGGGAUGGAGGGACAACUGCCCCGCACGACGCCCACGAGCAUCUAUAAGAAUGAAUACUUACAGCUGAUGGAUGCCGGGAUGUCGAACAACUUGCCAAUCUACCCUCUCCUGCGGCCCGGUCGUAAUGUCGACAUCCUCAUCGCAUUCGAUGCUUCCGCGGACGUCAAGACAGAUAACUGGCUAUCCGUGGCGGACGGUUACGCACGACAGCGUGGGAUCAAGGGAUGGCCCAUAGGCAUUGGCUGGCCCAAAGAGACCGAGCCAAACACGCAGGUCGCGCACGAAUUGAGCGAGGCCGAGGCCGCAACUGUAAAGGAAGCAUCGGCCAAGCUGGACGAGGCCAAAGCCGCGCAAACGGCACGGCGUUGUGAGGCAGGCGUCGGCCUAGAAGACGUGGAGGGCCCGCACAAAUUCGAAAAGGGCAAUGCCGAGUCCGGAGAGCUGGGUUACUGCACCGUGUGGGUUGGCACUACCCAGGAGCGUUCCACGGAGCCGCCACCACCCUCCAAGGCGCUGGACGACAGCACGACCUGGCAGCUCCAAGAGCCUGAUGCGGGCAUCGCGGUCGUCUACCUGCCCUUCCUUAAGAAUGAUAAGGUGGAGGGUGUAGACCCUGGUGUGAGCGAAUACCUCAGCACGUGGAAUUUCGUGUACACGCCGGAGCAGAUCGACAAGGUUGUACAGCUGGCCAAGACGAACUAUGACGAGGGGAAGGAGAAGAUACGUAGGACGGUGAGGGCGGUAUAUGAGAGGCGGAAGAAGAUGAGGCUCGAGAGAGAGGGGAAAGAGAAGUCGGAGAGGAGGAGACGUAGGGUGCAGCUUGGUGUUGACGGCAAACUAGGGGAGGGUGAUCACUUCAGCUGAGGAGCCGGUGUGUUGUAUAGUUACCAGGCAGAGGCACGUCUCAAAACGCAAAAGAUACCCCAGCAGUGUAGGAAUGAGCAUCACAAAGAACCUAGAA